AUGAAAAUAUUUUUGUGUUGCGCUAAACAGCGGGCAAGCGGGAUUGUCGUUGUAUCGUUGUAAAAAUGAAUGUAUAAAUUCAUUAAUUUUCUAGGUAUUUUUGUGCAAAUAUUUUAUAUCUGAGCAAUGUUUUUCGAACAUUGCUCAGGUUAUUUCUUUAAUUUUCAGAUUUUCAGAAUGUUUAGUUAAAAUUAUCGGAAAAAAUGAGAUUUUCAUUCAUUUUUUCACAUUUUCCCCGAAAAAUCUCGAUGUUUCAGCAUAGUCUUAGCCUCCCAAGAAGCUCGUCGACCAUUCAGAAGUCGUCGGAAGCGAAAGGUCAUCACCGGCUCGGUUUAUAGAUGGAAAGGUGUCAUUCCGUAUAAAUUCAAAGGUGGAGAUGGUGAGUUUUUGUCUGAAAAUGUUUUUUUUGCUGAAAACCACAAACAUUUUGCAGCGAAGUGGAAGCAAUUGGUUCGCGAAGGUUUGAAUCUUUGGGAGAGGGAGACGUGUGUUCGGUGGAGCGAGAAUGCGCCGGGCAAGGAUCAUGUUGUCUUUUUCCGUGGUUCGGGUUGCUAUUCGUCGGUGGGACGGACUGGAGGCUCGCAAUUGAUUUCGAUUGGUUAUGGAUGUGAGGAUGUAGGUUUUUUAAGGGGUUGGGUAGAGACUAGGAUUAGGCUAGGCUCACAGUUAGGCCCCCUCUAGGCCUAAGCUUAGGUUUAGGCUCUCUAUAGAUCCAAGCCUCCAAUUUUGUAUUCCAGAAAGGAAUCGUCGCUCACGAAGUCGGACACAGUCUAGGCUUUUGGCAUGAGCAAUCCCGCCCGGAUCGCGAUCAAUACAUAAACCUUCGCAAAGAAUGGCUGAUUAAAGGCACAGAUGGAAACUUUGAGAAAAGGUCUUGGGAAGAAAUUGAGGAUAUGGGAGUGCCGUAUGAUGUUGGAAGUGUUAUGCAUUAUGGAUCUAAUGUGAGUUGUUUUCAAGAAGUUAGGGUAACUCUAGAAGAGACAUUUCAGGCGUUUACCAAGGAUUGGAAUGAGAUUACGAUUCAAACGAAAGAUCCGAGAUAUCAGGGAACAAUUGGGCAAAGGACGAAAUUGUCUUUUAUUGAUGUGAAGCAAGUUAACAGGUUGUAUUGUAAUUGUGAGUUGUCCUAACUUGCCGCUAAAAUCCUCACCAAGAAUAUUUUCAGCGGUUUGCCCAAAUCCACUUUCUUGUCAACACGGAGGCUACGCGGACCCCAAUAAUUGCUCAAAAUGUAAAUGUCCUGAUGGUUUAGGUGGUCCGAAUUGCAAUGGAGUUGCACCGGGAACCGAUCACGCGAAAUGCGGUGGAAUUCUGACUGCAACUUCCGAAUGGCAGGAGAUUACUUAUAAGGGGAAGAGGACGUGUAAUUGGAGAGUUAAGGUAAAUUGGGGUCUCUGAAGCCUCACAAUUAAUAAUAAUUUUGUUUAGAGCCCAAAAGGUCGUGUAAGAUUGGUUAUUACGGAAAUUCGUUAUCAGUGCGCGUCUUCUUGUAAAGCUUACAUCGAAGUUAAGCACAAUAAUGAUUUUCAGCAGACUGGAUUUAGAGUUUGGUGGGUUUUUUUAAAAAGAUUUUUCAGCCUGAAAUUAAAUUUUCAAGGGUAUUUCGAUGAAAGGUCUUGGUUUUCUAGAGUUAAACAUUUUUCGGGAGAAAAAAUUUCAGUCUUGAAAAAAAUUAAAAAUAAAAACCAUGUGCGCUUUGCAAUAAAUCCCGCCGCAACUUGCAAAAUGGGCGUGACCAAUUUAUUUUUGCAUUUUUCACGUAUUUUUUGGCCCUCGGGUUGGUAUACUGUAUUGACUUGUGCAAACACGGUGACGCACAAUUGCACAAAAUUGUCUCGCGUCUCUCCAUUUUGCGCGCUAUUUUUCGAAAUCGGUCUCGCCACGAACGUCCGCUCCACCAAAGCUUAUUUCCAUGCAGUUUUUCACGGCGAUAAAGAUGGUGUACUCAGAUUUUGAUUUGAUGCAGCCGUUCUUGAGAUUUUGGUGGAAAAUUAAAGCAUGUCCCUUUAAACAGCGCUAUUUUCAAACCAAAAAACUUUUCCAGCUGCUUCGACAAAACCUACGACGUAAUCUCAACAACAUCCGAAGCAGUCGUAAUCUCCAACGCCAACAUCGUCGACUACGAAGUCUCAUUCCGUAUGCAAUACAUCCAAGACAACGGCAAACCCCUUCCACCAGCAAAACCCGCCUCAACUUGGACACCCGGAAAAGAGAACAGACCAUUUAGAGGAGUCGAAAAUACUGGCGGAACCAUCGAGAAAUUUAUCUUGCAAGCUUUUCCCAAAAUUCGUGAUCCAAGUCGACCAUUGGAAAGUAUUGCGAGUAUUGUUAGUGAAUAUGGAUUGGCUACACUUUUGGGCAUUUCACAUAAUGGCAAGAAGUAG